AUGGAGGAGUAUUUGGAGGGGUAUAUGGAGGAGUAUAUAGAGGGGUAUAUGGAGGGGUAUAUGGAGGGGUAUAUGGAGGAGUAUAUGGAGGGUUAUGUGGAGGGCUAUAUGAAGGAGUAUAUAGAGGGGUAUAUGGAGGGGUAUAUGGAGGAGUAUUUGAAGGGGUAUAUGGAGGAGUAUAUGGAGUGGUAUAUGGAGGGUUAUAUGGAGGGGUAUAUGGAGGAGUAUAUAGAGGGGUAUAUGGAAGAGUAUAUGGAGGGUCAUAUGGAGGGCUAUAUGGAGGAGUAUAUAGAGGGGUAUAUGGAGGGGUAUAUGGAGGAGUAUUUGGAGCGGUAUAUGGAGGAGUAUAUGGAGGGCUAUAUGGAGGAGUAUAUAGAGGGGUAUAUGGAGGGCUAUAUGGAGGAGUAUAUAGAGGGGUAUAUGGAGUAG